AUGAAAAUAGUACAAAAAGAAAAUUUUAAUCAAUGGAAUGAGACAGAAUUUGAAAGAAAUUUAUGUACUUCACAUACAUAUACAAAAUCAAAAGAAUUUUCUAUUGAUGCUUAUUCACAAAAAAAUAUUGAUAUAUCAAAUAAAGAUAUAAAUAAUAUAUCUGCAAUUGCUUUGAGUAGUGAUGAAAUAUUAGAAUCUUUAAGUAAAGUGAAGAAAAAAAAUAAUAAUAAGGAUACUAAAAUUGCAACCGCUUUUCCUAUAUCUGAAUCUAUAUCAUCUGAUGUUCUGGAUACAAAUGAUAUUUUUUUAAAUAAUGAAAUAAUCGAAACUAUGAAGAUUUCAUGUUAUUUUAAUUUAUCUAAAAUUAUGAUGUUUUUACAUAAAAUUCAUUUGGGAAAAAAAUUAAAUAAAAAAUCAUACAUGAGCUGUAUUGUAUCAAUUAUUAUUUUAUUUCUUCAGUAUGUAAAUGCAUCUCAAAAAAUUGAACACUGUACAAAUAGAUUUAGGUCUAUAUGUGAUAAUAUCACUUUUUUUUCCCCAUAUAUCAAUUCAGAUGAUCUUCAUGAUACUAUAUUUUAUUAUUGUCAUACCUAUUCUUUUGAUUUUUCUAAUAUUUCACUAUAUCUUUUAAUCGCUUUUGCACUUUUAAUUAUCUUUAUGAUUAUUUAUAUGCAUUUUCCUAGAAGAUUACCAUUUGGAAGUAAUUUAUUUGGUAGAAGAAGAAAUAGGAAUGUAUUGGGAGAAUCAAAAUUAAAGGAGGAAUCAGAUGAAGGAUCAGGAUUUCAUGAAGAAUCACAUAAAGAAUCAGAAUUAUUAGAGGAUUCACAUAUUGAAUCACAAUUAUCUUUGAGACCGUAUGAUGCAUCGGCAUUUUAUGUGAAACCUAGUGAAGAAUUAGAGUUAUAUGAUGAAGUUUUUGGAUCCAAAGAAAAUUUGCUUCUUUGA